AUGAGGCUGCGGGGCCGCGGCCCCUCCUCUGCCCCCGCCUCCGGCGCGGGGGCCGGCGGCGUGCGGCGGCUGGCGCCCCCGGGGCGGAACCCCUUCGUGCACGAGCUGCGCCUCGGCGCCCGGCAGAAGGCCCAGCUGCUCCUGAUGUCGCUGACGCUCUUCCCUGUGCGUCUGCUGCUGGCUGUCCUCAUGAUGCUACUGGCCUGGCCGCUCGCCCUGCUUGCCUCACUGGGACCCGAGGACCAGGAACCCCCCACGAACCCAGCCCUGUGGCGGAAGGUCGUGGACGUCCUGCUCAAGGCCCUCAUGCGCACCAUGUGGUUUGCUGGCGGCUUCCACCACGUGUCUGUGAAGGGGCGCCGGGCACCCCCCACCGAGGCAGCCAUCCUCACUCUGGCCCCGCACUCUUCCUACUUCGAUGCCAUUCCCGUCACCAUGACCAUGUCGUCCAUCGUCAUGAAGGCUGAGAGCAGGGACAUCCCCAUCUGGGGAACCCUGAUCAAGUACAUCCGGCCUGUGUUUGUGUCGCGCUCAGACCAGGACUCGAGGAGGAAGACGGUGGAGGAGAUAAAGAGACGGGCUCAGUCCAAGGGGAAGUGGCCACAGAUAAUGAUCUUUCCAGAAGGAACUUGCACCAACAGAACGUGCCUGAUUACCUUCAAGCCUGGCGCCUUCAUCCCUGGAGUCCCUGUCCAGCCCGUGGUGCUGCGGUACCCCAACAAGCUGGACACAAUCACAUGGACGUGGCAGGGACCUGGCGCGCUGGAGAUCCUAUGGCUCACGCUCUGCCAACUGCACAGCCGCGUGGAGAUCGAGUUCCUACCUGUGUACCACCCCUCGGAGGAGGAGCGUAACGACCCUGCCCUCUACGCCAGCAAUGUCCGGCACCUAAUGGCCGAGGCCCUGGGUGUCCCUGUCACCGACUAUACCUUCGAGGACUGCCAGCUAGCCCUGGCUGAGGGGCAGCUCCGCCUUCCUGAAGACACCUGCCUUCUGGAAUUCGCCAGGCUGGUGAGAAGCCUGGGGCUAAAACCAGAAAAGCUGGAGAAGGAGCUGGAUACAUACUCAGACAGUGCCAAGAAGAGGGGAGCAGUGAAGAUGAGACUCCCAGAAUUUGCAGCCUUCCUAGGGGUGCCUGAAUCCCAGGCUUUGCAAGACCUGUUCAGCUUGUUUGAUGAGGGCGACAACGGCGAGAUGGAUCCCCGCGAGUAUGUGGUGGCCUUGUCUGUCGUGUGCCGGCCAGCCCGGACCCUGGACACUGUCCACCUGGCGUUCAAGAUGUUCGGGCACCCAGAGGACGGCAGCAUGGAUGAGGAUACUCUGGCCCGAGUCCUCAGGACGGUCCUGGGUGUGGCCGAGCUGCCCGUGAGCGGCCUCUUCCAGGCCAUCGACCACGAGCGGAAGGGCUGCAUCACAUUCUCCGACUUCAGCAGGUUUGUGGCCGCCUGCCCCAGCCUCGCGGAGGAUUACCUGUACCUGGAGCAGCAGAGCGUGGAGACCUGCGGUCCCAGCUCCGAGGCUUUCGCCCCCAACGGCUUCUGUGCCGACUUUAGCCCUGAGAGCCCAGCUGCAGGGUGGGAGCCUUCCUACAAGAAACUGAACUAGGGCAAAGCUUCUGGAUUCUGCUCCCACCUGGCCGCCCUGCUUGGGGCAAAGCCAGACCAGCUGGUCACCCGGACCCCAGCAGACCUCGUGUCCUGCGGUGCCUGUUGCCGCCACCACCACCUCCACCAUUCCGUGCCAAUGGCGCUGGUUUUACACGUUUCUACAUUUGUUGGGGGCUGGCGAGUAUUUUAUAAAUGUCAUUUAGAUACUACGGGAAACAUUCAGCCCUUUUUCUAAAAAAAAAAAAAAAAAAAAAAAAAAAGAUGAGACAGAGAAGGUUCUUUUUCAACUUCACUUUUCUGGGCUCAGAGCUCUGGGGCAGACCCUUUUGAGGUGCAGUCCCCACAUCGCUCCCCACCUCCCGAGCCUCCAUGAGGACCCACAUGGCACCUCCGUCCCACAGAGCCCUUCUAGGUCCUCGGGAGCCAGUGGGCAGACGGACAGGCAGCACAGAUUGGGGCGGCCCCCCACACCCACCCUGGCCCCCACGUUACUGUCCCUGCAGUGACAGGGUGCCCAGGACUCCAUCGUAAGAUGUUGAGGUUCAGUUUUUGCUGCUGUGGGGGUUCCUGGCCUUCCACGUCCAGAUGAAGUUUGUAGGCAGGGCCUCAGGGUGGAAGCCCCCUCCCAGCCAAGCCCACUGCUGGGUCUAGUUCUGAGGUGAGACCCCAAGUCUGACCAUGUUGUCAGGCCCCAGGGACCAGCACGCAGCCUUGGUGCUCAUGGCACUUGGUCUUUUAGCAAGGAAGCACACACCUCCCCCCUUUUCUACAGAGCAGCGCCGCUCCUGGCGACCACCAGGGGAUGACCAGGAUGUCUGGGGGUCCUAGAGGCUGAGCAUGAUGGGUGCUGUGAAGCCCUUGACAUCAGCCUGUGAAAGGGCCCCCUCACUGCCCCACCCCCACAGAGACUAGGGGCUCGGGCAGGACUGACAGUCCUGGGCCAAUGGUUGUCUGUUGGGAGAAUAAAACAGAGCUGCAUUCGA